AUGCAGUUCCUCUCCCUGUCAUGUGCGGCUACGCAUUAUGGAGGACAUAUGAAUGAAUUCCUAAGGAAACAGUUUUAUCUACUCACGCAUGAGGAACUUAUUGAAGAUGAAGAAUUUGAAAAAUUAGUUGAAGAAGCUAAAAAUAAUGUUAGUUCUGAAUAUUGUAGAAUUUGCUUGAUUGAAGAAUGGGCUCAUGGACAUUAUAUAAAAUUGAAUGUUGAAUAUACGAAAUUCCCGCAUCAAACUGGCGAGAUUGUCACUCUUAUUGGUAAAAUUAUACUAACUUCCACAAUUCUAUUUGACAAUGGCAAUUGUAUGAUCGUAUUUACCAGUGAUAAUGUAAAUUUGUUGUCAUUGGGUGAUAAAUUUAGGAUCAUAAAUGGUUGUAAUAAUGGCUACACAUUUUUAGUACACAAUUUAACUAUUGUAAGAGUGUCUAUGCUCCUAAAUAAAAAUAGGUUCCUGAAAAAUGUCAUCAAUGGCAUAUACACCAAAAAUGAAAAGAAAAAAUUAAAAUUAGACUAUAAACUGCAAUUAGACAAGUAUCAAAAGGAGGCAAUUGAGCAUGCAAUUAAAUCUAAGGACUUUGCUUGUAUUUGGGGGCCACCAGGCACAGGCAAAACAACUACACUAUCAGAACUCAUUCAUCAAUUGGUUAUAUCCGGUGAAACUGUAUUAGUUUCAUGCCCCAGUAAUUUUGCAGUGGAUUUAAUCUACUCUAAAACUGUAAGCAUAGGGGUUAGUUGUGUACGAGUUGGACGGGGCGCCGUUAUUAAGGAGUUGCAACUGAAGAUGGCCACAAUUGAAUCAUUAAAAAAUUUUUAUACAGAAAAUUCAUAUUCUACAAUAUUAAAUACUAACCAAGGUAGUUAUUCUAAGCGAAUGCAACUGUUGAAAAAAGCACGGGCAAUAUUUACUACCUGUCUAGGAACUAGUUCCAAGGAGAUUCAAAAUUUUAUCAAUAAAUAUAGAAAGUUUGACACCCUAAUCAUUGAUGAAUCUGGCAAUUCAUUGGAAUCUACGUGCUACAUUGGCAUGCUUACUGGUGUGAAACGAGUUGUGUUUGCUGGUGACCACUUUCAGCUCCCUCCAAUUGUUAAAUCACGUAUCAAGACUAGUUCUAUUCUAGAAAGACUAUAUCUUUCGUGUCCAAAUAGUUUUGUCAUGCUAAAACGCCAAUAUCGCAUGAAUCAACAAAUAGUUAAGUGGUCCAAUAACCAGUUCUACUCCAACAAACUAGAAUCAGAUUCUAGUGUUAAAAACUCUGUGCUGAAUGAACGAAUGGUGGAUUUUUAUCCACCAUUAAUAUGGUAUGAAAUUGAAGGGAUGGAAGAGUUUGAUAGUGGAUCUAUAUUCAAUAAAUUAGAAGCGUCAUAUGUUUUAGAUUACGUAAAAAUCAUUUCUUCCACUGCAGGAAUACAUCCUGAAUGUAUCACUGUUAUCACUCCGUACAGGGCACAAGCUAGGUUGUUACAAGAAUUAAUUGGAGUAACUACACAUAAUUUGCGGAUUUCUAGUAUUGAUGCAUCACAAGGCUUCGAAUCUGACGUUGUUAUAUUCUCACUGGUGUCUUGCAAUAGUGAAGGUAAUAUCGGGUUUCUGAGUGAUUAUAGGAGGAUGAAUGUUGCGAUUACUAGGGGUAAAAGACAUGUGGCAGUUUUUGGCUCUGCAAACACAUUUCAACGUAAUCACUCGCCUUACAAGGAUUUGCUGAAGGUAGUUAAAUUUGGUAGAUGUUGGUGGCGUUGUCAUUUUUUGGCGUUAAGAACUUGGCGUGAUUCUAUAGUCUAUUUUAUCAAUUACUUGAUCAAAACUUAUGGCAACAUUCCCAUCAAAACAACUUACGGUUCCAAUGGUUACAUGAAAUCUUCAAAUUUAAGAUUGGCUGAGCAAUGCAAAUAUGGAAAUAUUACGUAUGCAUUGCAGUACUUGACGCCUAAUCCCAUAUCGAAUAUCAUAAUGGCAAUAUGUUUACUGUACACUCUUAACGGAUCAAUUUCUCCUUUAUUUCAUCGUAUUGACGAUAAAGUUAUUGUAAUAUAUAACAACAUUAAUAUCAAUGCAGGCAGUAAUAGUGUAGAGACAAUCGAUUUAUCAUGGAUGGAAUAUUAUAUGAAAGUCAUAACGAAUUCACUAGCAUCUAGUAAUAGACUAUAUUUAUUGGAAGUGUUUUUUUAUAAUAUUAAUCUAUUGUUUACACUAUUCAUAUCAUUUAAUAACGAGCAUAGCAUUAAAAAUAUAACUACAGAAUUAAUGGAAUCAAGGUUGAUAGACACUAGUUAUGGAUUAGAAAACCCGGAUACAAUUUGUGGCCCUUAUGAGAUUGGUAAAUUGGAUGAAAAUGUUACAUACACGAACUAUGUUUCUACUGUUUCAAAGAAAAAGAAAAAGAAAAAGAAAAAAAAGAAGGAUAACUAUAACGAUGAUAAUGUUUCUAAUAUUGGAAAUUUUGAUUUAGAAGAUAACAACAUCCAUGACGAUACAGACUUGGAUGUGCUUCUAGACGAACUUCAUAGAUGCAAUUUAAAUGCUAAUAAAAACAACGUGACGAAGUGUGAAAAAAGCACAUUGAUGUAUGGAAUUACUUGUAAGUUAUGUAAGUUAAAAUUCUGCAUCGAACAUCGUAGUCCAGAGAAACAUAACUGUAAUAAUCUUGAUAGGAAGAGAUAG